AUGUCUGGACAGAUUAACAUCUCUGCUCCUGUAAAAACUUACAUCAGCAAUAGACACUGUCUACAAAUACAUCCCCUGCCCCCUCCAAUAGUUGGACAUCUCACUGGACUGACCUGCCCAGAAUGCCCAAUCAACUACACUAGUCAACUGCGAUACCAUCCCCCACGCUUUCCAAACCCGGCAAAAAUCAACUGGCAGUGUCACAAGCCCAACUCUCACCACAGGAAUGGAAAGGGUUAUAUUAGAACCUCGGGUGCUUAUUUGAAGGCUUGGAAUAGUCGCUUAUUUGAACGCUUGGAAUAG